CCCGCCCCCUAGCAACUCGCCGGCUUGUGUUAACAACCCGCAGGCGGGCAGAGAGGAGCGACUGCGGAGACCGUUCCCGAAUCUAGCAGCUCUCAGACUGCCCUUCCUUCUCUGCGGCGGGGUCUCUUUGGGUACAGUUGCGCGGGCACAGUGUAGGACGAGAAGAUCCCAUCCCUCCUCCAGCCAUGUCGACUGGAGAGACCGCGGCGACAGCCGAGACCUAUGAACCGAGAGGCAGGAACAAGUCCGGCAGCCCCCGCCAAAUCCCUGUGGUCGGCGUGGUGACGGAGGACGACGCGGCAGAGGGUAUUUUCAAGCCUAUGGACCUUAAUCGUGUCAUCAAACUCCUUGAAGAGACAGAUGAAAAUGAUUUAGAAGAAAAACAACUCAAAUCUGUAAGGAAACUGGUCCAGUAUUAUCAGAAUGGAUUUCCUCUGAGAGAUUUAGCACAGAUAUUUAAAAUUCUGAAUCUGUGUACAGGAAAAAUUGAAAGCCAUCCUCAGUUUUUAGAAUGUGCAUGUGAUCUCCUAAAAUUGUGUGGCUUGCCAUUCUUAAAAAAGAAAGUAUCGGAUGAAAUAACAUAUGCCGAAGAUACUGCUAAUUCAAUUGCACUUCUGGGUGACUUAAUGAAAACACCAAGUUCUAAUUUGAGGAUACAGAUUUGUAAGUGUAUUGUUGAUUUUUAUCAUGCGGAACCACCAAAGAAGCAUAUUACAGGUUACCAGCAAGCUAGUUCAUCGUACAAGAUUCAAAUGGCUGAAGUGGGAGGACUGGCAAAAACAAUGGUCCAGUCAAUGGCCUUGCUUGAAAAUCAGCUUGUUGAGAAACUCUGGGUACUUAAAGCCCUGCAGCAUCUCUCAACUUCUGAAGUUAAUUGUACUUUUAUGAUGAAAGCACAAGCAGCCAGUGGCAUCUGUGCUCACCUCAAUGAUCCAGAUCCCUCUGGACAACUCCUGUUUCGUUCAUCAGAAAUACUUUGGAACUUGUUGGAAAAAUCCUCGAAAGAAGAAAUUAUCCAACAGCUUAGUAAUUUGGAAUGUUUGCUGGCUUUGAAGGAAGUAUUUAAAAAUCUGUUUAUAAGAGGUUUUAGUAAUUACGAUCGCCAACUUAGAAAUGAUAUAUUAGUGAUCACUACAAUUAUAGCUCAAAACCCUGGAGCACCAAUGAUUGAAAGUGGCUUUACCCAAGAUUUAAUACUGUUUGCAACCUUUAAUGAAGUUAAAAGUCAAAAUCCUUUGGUAAAAGGACUUAAACUUACUAAUUCCUAUGAGGAUUUUGAGUUGAAGAAAUUGCUACUCAACAUAAUUGUGAUUUUAUGUAAAGAUUUAUCUACUAUACAGCUAUUAGUUCAUGGCAAAGUUAUCUUGGCUUUAUUCACCUAUGUCAAAAACCCUGAGAAGCAGAAAAUCAUCGAAUGGUCUUCGGCACAGCGUGAAGAAUUACAGCUGCAUGCAAUUGCCACGUUGUCGUCAGUAGCCCCUUUAUUAAUAGAAGAGUAUAUGUUGUACCAGGGAAAUGCUCGCAUUCUCGCAUUUCUAGAAUGGUGUGAGAGCGAAGAUCCCUUCUUGAGCCAGGGUAACAGUUUUCAUGGUACAGGUGGCCGUGGCAACAAGUUUGCCCAGAUGCGAUACAGUUUAAGACUCCUGAGAGCCAUGGUCUACCUUGAAGAGGAGAUUAUAAACAAGGAUCUUUGUGAAAAGGGUACAAUUCAGCAACUUAUAGGAAUCUUUAAAAGUACAAUAAACAAGCCUAAUGAAAAGGAAGAGUCUAUCGUUUUGGAAAUUCAGUCUGAUAUAUUACUUACCUUAUCUGGCCUUUGUGAACAUCACAUUCAUGGGAAGGAAAUUUUUGGAACUGAAGGAGUAGAUAUAAUUCUUCAUGUAAUGAAAACAGACCCCAAGAAGUUACAGAGUGGAUUAGGCUAUAAUGUACUUCUUUUUAGUACAUUGGACAGCAUCUGGUGCUGCAUUUUGGGAUGUUAUCCCUCCGAGGAUUACUUUCUUGAAAAAGAAGGCAUUUUUCUCCUUUUGGAUUUACUAGCACUGAACCAAAAAAAAUUCUGUAAUCUAAUACUUGGAAUAAUGGUUGAAUUUUGUGAUAAUCCCAAAACUACAGCUCAUGUCAAUGCUUGGCGAGGGAAGAAGAACCAGACAGCUGCUAGCCUUUUAAUUAAAUUGUGGAGAAAAGAAGAAAAAGAACUAGGAGUAAAGCGUGAUAAAAAUGGGAAGAUAAUAGAUACAAAGAAACCUCUAUUUACUAGUUUUCAAGAAGAACAAAAAGUCAUGCCACUGCCUGCCAACUGCCCUACGGUUGCAGUUAUGGAUGUUGCUGAGAAUAUCAGAGCAAAAAUUUAUGCUGUGUUGGGCAAACUAGAUUUUGAAAAUUUGCCUGGCUUAUCUGCGGAGGAUUUUGUCACGCUUUGUAUCAUACAUAGAUAUCUUGAUUUUAAAAUUGGAGAAAUAUGGAAUGAAAUAUAUGAAGAAAUAAAAUUAGAAAAGUUAAGACCAGUCAGUACAGAUACAAAAAAUUUGGAAGCUAUUACAACAGCAUCAGAAAAUAUUGGAAAGAUGGUCGUUUCUCUGCAAACUGAGAUGAUUGAAAGCCAAGCACGCCAAGACGUACAAAAUGAACUAAAAGUAUAUACAAAAAUACAAGCCACACACAAGCAAAGAGAAUUGGCUAAUAAAUCAUGGGAAAAUUUCCUGGCUAGAACAUCAAAUGCUAAAACUUUAAAGAAAGCAAAAAGGCUUCAGGAAAAAGCCAUAGAAUCCUCUAGACAAAAUGAGCGACCACAAAAUGCAGUAUUUCAUCGGACAGAGAUUAAAGGCCUUAACACAACGGUUUCUUCUGGUCGGGUAGUAACAGUGGAAAGCACUCCUGCCCGAAUAAUAGGAGGACCCCUGGCUGACACAGAUAUUGCCCUUAAAAAACUGCCUAUUCGAGGAGGAGCCUUGCAGAGGGUGAAAGCAGUUAAAACCAUAGAUGAGCCAAAGAAGAGCAAUCUGACAUGAAAUGCUCCAGAACCUUUUUACAAUAAAUUCUGCUUAUAAUUUUCUAGUUAAAUAUAUCUUUAUAUACAAAUGUAAAUCGAAUAUUUUAGGAUAGAUAUUUCAGUAAAAUACUAUGUAUGAAAAAGUAAAAGUAAGCACAUAUAAAUUAUUUUUAUUGAAACUAUCAACAUAUAGUCUCAGAAGAGUUGUCAUCAAUUUCUUUGGAAAGAUUACAAAUUCUCUUAAUUAAAAUUGUGAAACAAUAUUGUAUCAAUUAGGACUCUUGGUUGCAAGUGAAAGAAGAACCCUACUCAAAUCGGCUUAAGCCAAUAUAUAUAUGUAUAUUUAUUACAAGUUCUGUAUCUAUCAAAUCUAGAAGUAAUUUAGACUAUAGACAUUGUUGAAGCUAGGGACCGAAGCUAUGUGAGUAGUGUCUUCUCCUUUCCCAGCAGCUUCUGGCUCACAUUCUCUGAGGUUCGUAAUUGGAUGAGAAGCAUGUACGCCUGUCUCUCAACAGUCUCUGCAAUGGCCUCUGUGCAUCUUGGGGCUCCUAAUUGGACCAUGUGCCCACUCCUGAGCCAUCAUUCACCGUGACUUUGGGCAGAUCUGAGAAUGUCUAUUCUUGGAGCCGGAAGCAGGCCAACCCCAUCCGAAGUAUAUAGAUUUGAGAAAGAAAGUGGAGGUGACCUAAGGUACUGGCUGAGGGAAAUAUGUAUGAAUACCAAGUGGUAAAAAUAAGUAAAUCUGCAACAAAUAUAUUGGCCAAAGUAAAAUAAGCUAUCUCUACUAUAAAAAUGUAAAUGUUAGUCAUGAAGUGAGCAACAAAAAGUACAGGUGAGAUAUAUGUAUGCAUACACACACACAGGAAAUUCUAAUGCUACUUCUCAUUUUUAAUGGGAAAGGCAGAGGAUGGAAAUGUCCUCCCCCACCUUUAGUGGUGGUAUCUGACAAAGAAUAGGAGGCAGAUGCCUUAAUGCUAGAUGUACAGCAAAAUCUUUUUGCUGGCUGCCGUUAUGAGGUUUCAUAGCCUACCCAUAUCCACCCUUAGCAGCCGAGCGUGGUAACUGUUUGCACCACCCAGGGACCAAGUGUGAUAGCAGCCUCAGCUCCUAGCAGCCUCUCCCUUGAGCUCUGCAAAUGCAACCACAUCCUGGGCCCAAAGGGAAGAUUGGGUCAGCAAAAUACUAUGCAGGGAAUGCUAAACACAGACAACAUGUUAAAGUAAUUCAAAUAUAUUUGUAACAAUGAUAUGUCUUCUCAAACAGUGAGGCAUAAAUGUUAUUACAUGAAUAUAACCAAGGUAUAGAAAUUAAAUUGAUAUUAUAUACUUAUUUGAAUAUCAUUUUUUGUUUGUAAUACAAUAUAUCUCCAGAUUGAUGAAUCAAAAGCAAACCUGUUGCUGUGGAGUCAUUUAUGACUCACGGGGACCCUACAGGACAGAGUAGAACUGCCCCAUACGGUUUCCAAGGAGCAGCUGGUGGAUUCAAACUGCCGGCCUUUUCUUUAGCAGCUGAGCUCUUAACCACCGUGCCACCAGGGCUCCAGAUUGAUCAAGGCUAUCCCAGUUCAGAUAACCUGUGGAACUUUCCCCUGCCACAUUAAUCUUAGGCAUUGAGAAGGGGAAAAGUGA